GAAACAAAAAGAAAGUAAUAGCAAAGCUCCAACAUAGGUCCUAUUUUUAGGUCCUAUAAAUAAGCAACCUUACCUUACUCUUCAUGGCAAAGUCCUUCAACCAUUCAAAAGUACUUCACCGCCUCUAACGUUCUUCUCUUCUCACUUCUUCUCUUUUCAAAUUUCAAACCAAACACAAACUAACUCAUUAAUCAUGGUCGACGUGGACCGCCGAAUGACCGGUCUGAACCAGGCUCACAUUGCCGGUCUAAGAAGACUCUCAGCCCGAGCCGCCACCGUUUCCGCCGCCGCCACCACCGUACGCAACGGCCUUCUCUCCUUCUCACCUCUCGCCGACAAAGUCAUAACCCACCUCCGCACCUCCGGCAUAGAGGUCCAACCGGGUCUCUCCGACGCCGAAUUCGCCCGCGCCGAGGCCGAGUUCGGCUUCGUCUUCCCACCUGACCUCCGAGCCAUUCUCGCCGCCGGUUUACCCGUCGGCGCCGGAUUCCCCAACUGGCGCGCCGCCGGAGGCGCGCGCCUCCACCUCCGGGCAUCACUGGACCUCCCAAUCGCGGCGAUUUCGUUCCAAAUCGCGAGAAACGCGCUCUGGGCACGGUGCUGGGGUCCGAGACCCGCUGAACCCGAAAAGGCUUUACGGGUCGCGAGGAACGCGUUGAAGAGAGCACCCCUCUUGAUCCCAAUCUUCAACCACUGCUACAUUCCCUGCAACCCUUCCCUCGCCGGAAACCCCAUCUUCUUCGUCGACGAAAGCCGCGUGUUCUGCUGCGGUUUCGACCUCUCAGAUUUCUUCGACCGUGAGUCACCGUUUCGGGGCUCCGAAUCGGAACCGGGUCCUCUUGUUCUCAAGAAGCAGAGAUCCGUCGCUGAGAAAACAAAAACAACCUCCGUUUGCUCCGCCUCCGGGUUCCAACGGCGGAGCCUCGACGCCGGAGGGAGGACGCCGAGAUGGGUGGAGUUUUGGAGUGACGCCGCCGUUGAUCGUCGCCGGAGAUUUUCUUCAUCGUCGGUGACGGAGUCGGAGUCGCCGGAGAAAUUCUUCGAUGUGCGGCGGUGGGAGCUGCCGAAGUGGGUGGAGGAUUAUGUCGGCGGAAUCGGGUCGGUUUUGAGAGAAGGUGGGUGGAGCGAAUCGGAUAUAUCCGAAAUGGUGGAGGUUUCGGGUUCGGGCUUUUUUGAAGGUGAUAUGGUAAUGUUGGAUAAUCAAGCAGUGUUGGAUGCUAUGUUAUUGAAAGUGGAUCGGUUUUCGGAUUCGCUUCGAAAAUCCGGGUGGAGCUCCGAAGAGGUUUCGGAUGCUUUGGGAUUCGAUUUUCGAUUACCGGAGAAAGAACGACGACCGCCUAUGAAGCUGUCACCUGAACUGGUCCAGAGGAUUGAGAAACUGGCAGAAUCGGUUUCCCGGUCAUGAUACAAUGGGAAAUUGAAUUGCAUUUGUAAUUUUUUUUUUUUCAUUUAUUUUUAUCAGCAAUAGAAUUGAGGGGGAAAAAACAUUAUCCUGAUGACAUUGGUGUUUGUACCCUGCACUCUUUGGUAAGGAGAACUGGGAAAUUGUAUUGUAACAUGAAACCAAGUGCACAAAAUAUAUAGAUAAUUGCUUAGUGUUCAA